GCCACGCCGCCGCCCAUUCCAACCAACCGAAGGAACCAAGGGCGCUGCAGGAAGCGAGCGAUGGCGCUGAUCGCCCUCGUCCGCGACUACAUCGACCGUAUGCUCCACGACAUCCCCGGCAUGAAGGUCCUCGUCCUCGACCCCGACACGGUCGGGAUGGUGAGCGUCGUGUACAGCCAGUCGGAUCUCCUCCGGAAGGAGGUGUUCCUGGUGGAGACGGUCGACAACGCCUCCAGCUCCAGGGAGUCGAUGGCACACCUCAAGGCCGUCUACUUCCUCCGCCCCUCCUCCGACAACGUCCAGAAGCUCCGCCGGCAUCUCGCCGCCCCGCGAUUCGCCGAGUACCACCUAUUCUUCUCCAAUAUACUGAAGAUUCCACAAAUUCAGGUGCUUGCUGAUUCUGAUGAGCAGGAGGUUGUGCAGCAAGUUCAGGAGUUCUAUGCUGACUUUUGUGCCAUCGACCCUUACCAUUUCACACUCAACAUACACAAUAACCACGUCUACAUGCUUCCAACAGUGGUGGAUCCUCCUGGCAUGCAGAGCUUCUGUGAUCGGGCUGUUGAUGGCAUCGCUUCUGUCUUCCUGGCUCUCAAGCGUCGUCCUCUUAUUAGAUACCAAAGGACAUCUGAUGUUGCAAAAAGGAUUGCACAAGAAACUGCGAGAUUGAUGUAUGAGCAGGAAAGUGGCUUGUUUGAUUUUAGACGAACGGAGAACUCUUCCUUGUUGCUGGUGAUUGAUAGAAGGGAUGACCCUGUUACCCCUUUACUUAACCAGUGGACAUAUCAGGCAAUGGUUCAUGAACUUAUUGGAAUUGAGAAUAAUAAAGUUGAUCUAAGGGAAUAUCCUAAUGUCCCUAAAGACCAGAAGGAGGUGGUUCUGUCAUCUGUUCAGGAUGAUUUUUUUAGGGCUAACAUGUUCGAAAAUUUUGGUGAUCUUGGUAUGAAUAUCAAAAGAAUGGUAGAUGACUUUCAACAUCUUUCAAAGACCAGCCAGAAUAUCCAGAGCAUAAGUGAUAUGUCAAAAUUUCUGAGCAACUACCCUGAAUAUCGGAAGACUCAUGGAAAUGUAACAAAGCAUGUCGCUUUGGUCAGUGAGAUGAGCAGAAUUGUGGAGGAAAGGAAGCUUAUGCUAAUAUCUCAGACAGAACAAGAGUUAGCUUGUACAAGUGGACAGGCAGCUGCUUUUGAGGCGGUCACUACCUUGCUAAACAAUGAAAGUGUCUCUGAUAUUGACCGUUUACGGUUAGUAAUGCUCUAUGCUUUGAGGUAUGAAAAAGAAAGCCCAGUUCAGUUGAUGCAACUAUUCAAUAAAUUGGCUUCUCGUUCUGCUAAAUACAAAUCAGGGCUAGUUCAAUUCCUCCUCAAACAGGCUGGUGUUGAUAAGAGAACAGGUGACUUAUAUGGGAACCGUGACCUAUUAAACAUUGCCCGCAACAUGGCUCGCGGACUCAAGGGCGUUGAGAAUGUAUACACCCAACAUCAGCCUCUUCUCAUUCAGACCAUGGAAGGAAUUGUAAAGGCACGAUUACGAGAUGCUGAUUAUCCACUUGUUGGCAAUCAUUUCCAGCAGAAUAGGCCUCAAGAUGUGGUGUUAUUCAUUGUUGGAGGGACGACUUAUGAGGAAGCAAGAUCAGUAGCCCUUUAUAAUGCAGCAAAUCCUGGAGUUCGGUUCUUUCUUGGCGGUUCAGUGGUUCUAAAUUCGAAGAGAUUUCUUGAUGACUUAGGAGAGUCACAAAGAAUAUCGAAAUCAAGCAGUCUAGUAUGAGCAGGUUCUUAGCUUCUACCGCUUGUAACUUGCCAGUAUAACAAUUGAUAGUUCUGAUUCCACUUUUGCUGUUUAUGCAUAGAGAAUCAACUGUGGUAAAUUUUGUAAUAUAGAACUUUAGAUUUAUUGUGUAACACACCAUAAUGAAUAAAUUGUUCAUAGAAAAAAAGGACUCUUUGCAUAAUCUAGGGUUGUGGCUUUCAAUGCAUCACAUGCAUGCUGUUUCGUUGUUUUGUUCUUUUAUAUGGGACGCUCCUAGCAGUCACUGUGAGCGGGCUUUAAGAAUUACCAUUCAGAUUUUUACCUCGGAGGAAAGAAGAGAGCAGAGCGAAGAAAAGUGGAUGUUUGUAUGAGAGGUGGGCUUAAUGAUGUUUGUAUGAGAGAUGGGAUAGGUAUUAAUUGUGUAC